AUGUGGGGCAAUAAUUUCGCUAACAUAAACAACGAUCCGUUCUUUCAACCAUUUGGCAACUAUCAUGGCAGUCCUUUUGGCGCUCUAGAAGGACCACCAGAUAUGAGACAGACUGGACAGCAGAGGGGAAACCAUUCUUUGGCCAGACAAAGUGAUAUGUUUAUGGAUCCUUUUGCUCAUAUGAAUCGGAUGAUGCAGGAAAUGUCCAGAGGGUUUACAGCUGGACCUAUGAUGCCGGAUAUGAGUCAAUUGCAGCAACAUGUAGGUCAGAACGGGCAGUCCUAUUCCUAUUCGAGCGUGAUGAGUUUCAGCAAUGCAGGCGGUCAGGGAGAACCGAAGUAUUUCGAAGCCACCUCUUCGACUAGACAGGGGCCCGGUGGCGUGAAGGAAACGAGGAAAACGGUACGUGACACGGAGUCAGGUUUGAACAAAAUGGCAAUUGGACAUCAUCUGAACGAACGCGGCCAUGUUGUCGAAAGAGCGAUGAACCGACGGACCAAUGAACGGGACGAGCGGCAGAACUUUAUCAACAUGGAUGAAUCGGAAGCAAGUCAGUUCAAUGAAGAGUGGGCGAGGGCCACUGCUAAUUUAAGGCAGCAGCCAAUUCGGGGGAUCGAGAAUGGAGGUCGUGGGCGACGUAGAUAUCAGCAUAAAAAUGAGCACCCAAAUGUCGAACGAGCGAUUGAUUACUAA